UGGAUUUAUCAUCAUCAUCAUAAUAGUCAUCACCGUCUCCAUUAUCAUUAUCAUUGUCAUUGUUAUCAUAUUCUGAUACCUCAUUAUAUAUUUUUUGUUGUUGAGAGGUUUUCUUAACCCGAAUAUCUAUUUGCUCCUCUCGGGUAGAGGGUCUGGGAUGCAUUGAAUAAGCAUCAUUAUCAUGGCUGCUAUGAGCAAGCAAAAUAUCAUCAUAUGACUGACCUUCAAAAUUAGAAAAGGGUUUUUUACUUUUAUCAUGAGGAAGGUCGUCCGUAUUCAAAUGUCUCUUUUUUGAGAGUCUCUUACUGGCAGACUGGUGGGACUUUUGAGCGACCAUUUGAGCUACUGUCAUAGCCAUAGAUUUAGACAUGGACUCAUGCAUAGUGACCAUAGCGCUAUUCAUGGCUGACUGGACUGACCUAGCUACUGACUGAUCGACAAUUUUUUGGAUGUGGUCCUCAGACAAGGAGGAAUUUUGUGCUUGGUCAGAAGACAUUUUACUGUAUAACUAAAUAUAUAUAUAUAGCGGAAGGGAAAAUAUUACUUUAUAUUUCAAUUAAAUUAAUAAUAUGUAGAUAUAAAAUAUUAAGGGAUAUUGUAAGUAACUAUUAAUAUGAAUUAUUAAUGUGUAGCAAGGAAAAUAAGGAGUCCUAAAAAGGACUUACUGAGUAUACUAAGAAAGCAGGGAACGUUGACAGGGCUGAGGUAACGCUGCUGACAGGGCUGUGAGAGACUGCAGACUGUGAGAGUGGGAGGCGGGAACUGCCAGCUGAUGACCAACUGGCUUAUUCUCCUGAUAACAUGUAAGGGGGGAAGGGAGACAGGGAGACAGGGGAGCUCCCGUGCUUCCUAAGACUAGAUUACAGCAAGCACAGUAGCUGCCCGAGAAAAAACAACAAACAGGGACAGGAAUGUGUGAGUGAAUGAACGGGAGGCAGCUGACAUUCCUCCACAGAGACAGCAGGGACCAGAGGGGAUGCUGCGAGCUAUGUAGGACCUCUGAGGGUUAACCCCGGGCCAACAACCUCAUCUCCAAGUCAUCCGCCUGCUGCUCAAAAAUGAAUGACGUUUCACCAUGGCAUUAUAUUGUACACGGAUAAAAUGGAAAAAAUUUACAUUUGGAUUCCUUUCUGGAUUUCUUGCCACAUUCUUCCUUUUCAGAAAUAUGGGAGAAACCGAAAAGCCACUAAACAGGAAAUGGAAGCUAAUGCCAAAACCAGAUGACAGUAGUAUAAGCGAGGAACUAGAACACAAAGUCCGAGUGCUCUGCUGGAUAAUGACAGCCCCUAAGAACUUGAAGGCUAAAGCACUUCAUGCAAAGUACACCUGGGCACGUCACUGCAAUGUAACUUUGUUCAUGAGUUCCAUCACUAGUGAAGAGUUUCCGACCAUUGGAUUGGGUGCCAAGGAAGGCAGAAAACAGCUCUACUGGAAAACCAUUCAAGCUUUCCAUUAUAUAUAUGAGAAUUACAUGGAUCAAGCUGACUGGUUCUUAAAAGCAGAUGAUGAUACCUAUGUAGUGAUGGAGAACCUGCGUCUCAUGCUUUCUAAAUAUACUUCUGAUCAGCCUAUUUAUUUUGGCAAACGCUUCAAGCCAUUUGUCAAGCAAGGAUACAUGAGUGGUGGAGCUGGGUAUGUACUGAGCAAAGAAUCACUUCAACGAUUUGUGGAAGGAUUUAAAUCGGGUAACUGCAGUCACAGGUCUGAGGUGGAAGACCUUGAGCUUGGACAAUGUAUGGAAACAAUGGGAGUUACGCCUGGUGACACUCGAGACAAUGAAGAAAGGGAGACCUUUCACCCAUUUACUCCAGAGUAUCAUUUGACAAGAAGUUUUUCAGCAAUAUAUUUAGAUUAUUGCUUCUAUCCUGCUGUUGAGGGUCCCCAGUGCUGCUCAGACCUGGCUAUAUCCUUUCACUAUGUUGAUGCAGAACUCAUGCAUACAUUGGAGUAUUUUACUUAUCACCUGAGAGCGUAUGGCUACCAGUAUAGGUACCAGCCGCAACUGUUAAAUCUUACCAACCAUCCGCUCUUUCACAGUAACAGGAAAAGCGCACACAAAACAUGGAAACCUAACAUAAAUGUGUCAUCUGUCCAUGAACUUUUGUCUAAAAAGUCACAGGCUCCAACCUAG